AUGACCGUCGGUGCCGGAAUCAGCGUCAGCAACUCCGACUUGGUGGUGUUAGGUCACCGUGUUCUUCGCGGCGUCCCGGAGAAUGUGUUGGUAACUCCAGCUUCAGGAAACGCUUUCAUCGACGGCGCGUUCAUCGGCGUCGCGUCGGAUCAAACCGGAAGCCACCGUGUCUUCCCUUUCGGGAAACUCGAAGACUUGCGGUUUAUGUGUGUGUUCCGAUUCAAGUUAUGGUGGAUGACGCAAAGAAUGGGAACAAACGGGAAAGAGAUUCCUUGCGAGACCCAAUUUCUAAUCGUAGAAGCAAACAAAGGGUCUGAUUUAGGAGCUGAUCACUCUGCUUCGUACGUUGUAUUCUUGCCUAUACUAGAAGGAGAUUUUAGAGCUGUUCUUCAAGGGAACGAGUCAAAUGAGCUUGAGAUUUGUCUCGAAAGCGGGGAUCCAAACGUUGACCAAUUCGAAGGGAAUCAUUUGGUUUUCGUGGCUGCUGGAUCCGACCCUUUUGAUGUCAUCACGAAAGCUGUCAAGGCUGUUGAACAACAUCUCCAGACAUUUUCACACCGCGAGAAAAAGAAAAUGCCAGAUAUGUUGAACUGGUUCGGUUGGUGCACAUGGGAUGCAUUCUACACCAAUGUCACUGCCAGUGACGUCAAGCAAGGUCUUGAGAGCCUUGAAGCCGGUGGGAUUAGCCCAAAGUUCGUUAUAAUUGAUGACGGAUGGCAAUCUGUUGCCAUGGAUGAGACCAGUGUUGAAUUCAACGCUGAUAAUGCUGCCAAUUUCGCAAACAGAUUAACACACAUAAAGGAGAAUCACAAGUUUCAAAAAGAUGGCAAAGAAGGCCACAGAGUAGACGACCCUGCAUUGAGUCUUGGACACGUUAUCAAAGACAUCAAGAGUAACAAUUCCCUCAAGUAUGUUUACGUUUGGCACGCGAUAACCGGGUAUUGGGGAGGAGUUAAACCGGGUGUUUCCGGUAUGGAGCAUUACGAAUCAAAGGUUUCCUAUCCAGUUUCUUCCCCAGGAGUUAUGUCCAACGAGAAAUGUGGCUGUCUUGAAAGCAUAACCAAGAACGGACUCGGUUUGGUGAAUCCUGAGAAAGUCUUUAGCUUCUAUAACGACCUUCACUCGUACCUUGCAUCCGUUGGGAUCGAUGGUGUCAAAGUCGACGUACAGAACAUUCUUGAAACUCUUGGAGCUGGACAUGGCGGUCGUGUGAAACUUGCAAAGAAGUAUCACCAUGCUUUGGAAGCUUCCAUUUCAAGAAACUUCCCUGACAAUGGUAUUAUCUCUUGCAUGAGUCAUAACACAGAUGGUCUCUACAGCGCAAAGAAGACGGCUGUUAUAAGGGCAUCAGAUGACUUUUGGCCUAGAGAUCCUGCAUCGCACACGAUCCACAUUGCAUCUGUUGCGUAUAACACACUCUUCCUUGGCGAGUUUAUGCAGCCGGAUUGGGACAUGUUCCAUAGUUUGCAUCCGAUGGCUGAGUACCAUGCAGCAGCUAGAGCGGUUGGUGGAUGUGCCAUUUAUGUCAGCGACAAACCGGGACAACAUGACUUCAACCUCCUAAGGAAACUUGUACUUCGAGACGGUUCCAUACUUAGGGCAAAGCUUCCGGGAAGACCAACCAGUGAUUGCUUCUUCAGCGAUCCAGUCAGAGACAAUAAAAGUCUUAUGAAAAUAUGGAACCUGAACGAAUACACCGGAGUUAUUGGAGUCUUCAACUGUCAAGGCGCUGGGUGGUGUAAGAACGAGAAGAGAUACCUAAUCCAUGACCAACAACCUGGUACAAUCUCUGGUUAUGUUCGAACCAAGGAUGUUCAUUACCUUCAUAAAGUCACUGCAUGUGAAUGGACAGGUGAUUCAAUCGUCUAUUCGCAUCUCAAAGGAGAGUUGGUGUAUCUCCACAAGGAUACAACUUUACCAAUCACAUUGAAAUCACGUGAAUAUGAAGUUUUCACGGUGGUUCCCGUGAAAGUGUUUCCCGAUGGAACUAAGUUUGCUCCGGUGGGGCUUAUUGAGAUGUUUAACUCUGGAGGAGCCAUUGUGAGUUUAAGAUACAAUGACAAGGAUGGGGCUAACUUUGUCGUGAAUAUGAAAACUAGAGGUAGUGGUUUGUUUGGGGCAUACUCGUCUGUUGGACGACCGAAGAAUGUUACUGUGGAUUCCGAGGAUGUUCAGUACCGGUAUGAACCGGAAUCCGGUUUGGUUACAUUUACAUUAGGAGUUCCGGAGAAAGAAUUGUAUCUUUGGGACGUCACUAUCCAACUUUGA